AUGACGGAGCCCCGUUGUCUUAAAUGCGCAAAGAAAGGACUUGUGUGCUCCGGGAUGGGGAUUCGGUACCGGUUUAGCCCAGGGAUUGCAUCGCGAGGCAAAUUCAGGAAUCGACAGAUUCCCGUAUUGGACGUCAGCGACAAAGAGGGCCUUGACAAGCUUAAAAGAAGUUCAACACCGAGGAAAUCAGCCUCGCCGAUAAUUCCAGGCUACACUGAAGAACUGGAUCGUUCCUUGCCAGUAGCAGAUGCAGAAUCCUCGUUGAUAUGCGCUACGUGGGGUGAUACUGCGUAUCCUGUUCUGGAUAAGGAUGAUCGCACGGAAUACCUGCAACAGAUAGUACCGGAAAUCCAAAUCCUGGAUGGGAAGACUCAGAUGUUGUUUUCGCACUUUUCGGCUUUUGUUGCCCCUGCAAUGGUCCCUCUCGACAGCGAAUUCAACGGCUAUAGGCGCAUCUUCCUCCCAUUAGCACACCAGGACCCAGAAAUCAAAAGAGCCGUCUGCCUCGUGGCGGCGUUACAUCUGAGCUCCAAAGUCCCCGAGCUGCGAGAAGCAGCAAACGCAGCGAGACUAGCAUCGAUUUUUAGUCUGAAGCGUCUAGUUGACGAGCAUGAUUGGGGUGACGUUUUAAGCGUUUCGAAUUGGGCCGUGAUUAUUCUACUGCUAGCCGGAGAGAUGAUUCGAGGUGGAUCGGACUUUACCUAUCUCUUGAAGAUGCUGAUGUCAUUGGUAAAUGCACGAGGCUCGUACGACGAGGAGUCGGAAGUGCAUUCAUUCUUAAUGCAACAGACUAAAAUGAUUGAACUAUUCGGGCGUCCAUUCCUCGGCGAAUCCGAAGGUAUCCAGGCACUCAGCAAAGGCGUCAGCUUCUACUGCGACUUUGUCUCCCACACCCUCCGCUACAACCCCAAUGUCUCUCGCCAACUCACCGUCUCACUCCUCAUCGCGGCUAUUUCACAUGCCACGGAUAUAUACCUUCGACGCGCCUUAGGCCUGCUUGAUUCCUCAAAUCCUGUUGACGACGGGGCGCCACAUUAUACCUCCACCACUCCGGCUUCCCCGUCCUCAAGCCUGCAGCAUCUUAAGGAUCUGGUAUCUGAGAUCCACGCUGACACUCCGGGCUCACACACGCUGGUAUGGGUGUACUUUAUGGGUGCAGCAGAGAGCAGCACCGACGAAGAUCGAGAUUUCUUUACGAGCAAGUUGCAAGGGCUGUACGGGUCGAUCGGGUUCGAGAAUAUCAUAAUUGGAUUAGCUAAUUUGAAGGCGCUCUGGGACAGUGGUGAAAGGCAAGGAAACGGGGCCGAGGCGACCAGGUGGACAGAACGGCUGCCUCAAAUUGAGUCUUUGGUUAUGUGA